GUAUCAGAUUAAUUUGGGAUAUUCAUAUGUAAACGUCGCCCUUUCCAUUAAGUUGCCUAGUAUUGUUGUGCUGUUUGCUCAUAUACCCCAAUUGAAUUUGUUACACCUCACUCCAGUCAUUCAUUAUCAGCUUGGUGCAUCAGAUGUGGUAUUGUAAUAGGCGGUAGAAUGGAUGGAGACCCUGCUGUUGAGAAUGAGCUCGACUCUUUCAGUCGCACUCUUCCCUUACCCUAUAGGGUUGCAUUGAUCAUUGUAUUAGGAGUCUGGGCUUGGGGCGCAAAUCUUCAUUAUCUUUCAAUUGUUAAAAUUAAUGUUCCUUCACUCAUCCAAUACCCACAACGAGCUUCUCCACGAACUGAUCCUCCGCAUCAUUUGUCUGCGUAUCGACUUGCUACGUAUCUCACAAUCCCCCUUGUCCUCUUCAUCCUCCUCUUCUGGGCACUCUCCCACCGCGACCCAGCUCUAGUAGUCUACUAUGACUUUCUUCCAAUAACUUACAUUUGCCUGCUCUUCCUCGCAUUUUUGGUCCCCUUACGCCGCGCAUCUUACUCUGGCCGUCUCCAUUUCCUCUCCGCCCUCAAGCGUGUUUCAGUUGGCGGCCUUGCUCUUCCUAAUGAAGGCAAAUUUGGCGACAUCCUCCUGGCUGAUGUUCUCACCUCCUAUGCGAAAAUAAUAGCCGACCUUUUCGUCUCCUUUUGCAUGUUCUUCACCCCUUCUGGCAGCGCAACUUCUCGGCCUGAUCGUGGUUGUGGCGGGCAAUAUAUCGUCCCUAUUAUGAUCGCGAUCCCCUCACUUAUUCGUUUCCGACAAUGCAUAAUCGAAUACCUACGAGUUAAGAAUUCACGCUCAUCAGCUUCUGGAUGGGGUGGUCAACACUUAGCCAAUGCGCUCAAGUAUUCCACAGCGUUUCCUGUAAUAAUAUUCUCUGCUAUGCAGCGAAACCUCUCGGUAAAUGAAACCUCGAUAAACAUCACCACAACAACACUCUAUCGAUUCUGGCUACUAAGCGUACUCAUCAACUCUCUAUACUCUUUCUACUGGGAUGUGACUAAAGAUUGGGACCUCACUCUCCUCACUCCGUCAUCAAGAAAUACAGCCUCCUACCCCCUUCGACCUCGCCUAUACCUCCCUACAAAAGAGCUCUACUACAUGACCAUUCUCUUUGAUUUCCUUCUCCGUUUCACAUGGUCUCUCAAACUCUCUCCUCAUCUUGACCAUUUCGCCGAUUUUGAAAGCGGCAUUUUCUUGUUGGAGGUUUUGGAAGUUGCUAGGAGAUGGAUGUGGAUAUUCCUGAGAGUGGAGACGGAAUGGGGAAGAGAAAAGGAGAAGGGCAAUGCAAAUGGAUUGCUAGGUGGCCCGGGAGUGGAUGAUGUUCUAUUAGGCGAUUAUAGGGACGAGGAUGACUAUAGUGAUUAAGAUGUAGGACUUUCAUGCAUACGGAGAAGUAGACUGGAGUCGAUUAUAUCAUUUAAUACGAAUGGACGUGCAGUAGCGAAAUCUAGAUCUUUCGGUGGGUAGGACUAUGCAUGUUCAGAUGCUUGACAUGAUACCAAGAGAGAUUGGGCGCAUAAAUCAAUCGAAUGUAGGAUAUAGCCGACUAGUUCUAGAAACGGUUGCGGAAACUGAUUCCCCAAGCCAACCAACACACACACACACACACACACAUAUAUAUAUGUAUUACUCAUACUAUAAUCAUCUAAACUCACCA